AUGAUGCUGCACCGGCCCGAGGUGUGCAUGCGUUCUCCAGGGGAAGCUGUGUCUGGAUCCCGGGACCCUGGCAUGUGCAGGGAGGACUCUGUGGGAGAUAUCGUGUUUCUGGUGGACACCAGCAACAACCCACAGAACACUCACAGCGUGCGGAGCUUCUUGUACACUGUGGUCAACGGCGUCAAUGUCGGCGGAGAGGCGAUCUGCGUGGGGCUGGCCCGGUACAGUGGCCAGCCCCAAUCCGAGUUCCUCCUUUCCACCUACCAUUGGAAAGGCGAAGUGCUGAGACACAUCCAAAGGUUUCCAUUUAUGCCGGGGGGCCACAAGAUGGGGCUGGCCCUGCAGUUCCUCCUAGAUCACCACUUCCAGGAAACAGCGGGGAGCAGGGCAAGCCAGGGUGUACCUCAGGUCGCCGUGGUGAUCAGCAGCAGCCCAGCAGAGGACCACAUGCAAGAGCCCGCAGACACCUUUAGGAGGGCGGGCAUCCUCCUCUAUGCCGUGGGCGUCGGGGAUGCGGUUUCAGCAGACCUCAAGGAGAUUUUGAGCAGUCCUGUGGAGAAGUUCGUUGCCUUUGUUCCCAACUUCUCUGGUUUGGGCAGUUUCGCUCUGAAGCUACGCCAGGAGCUCUGUGAUACGUUGGCAAAGGCAGCUCCACCUGUUGACCACGUCUCUCCAGCUUGCAGAGAAGCAGUCCUGGCUGACAUUGUCUUCCUAGUAGACAGCUCAACCAGCAUAGGACCCCAGAACUUCCAGAAAGUGAAGAAUUUCCUUCACUCUGUCAACUUGGGGCUGGACAUCAGCAGUGACCAGGUCCGAGUGGGACUCGCACAGUAUAAUGACAACAUCUACCCAGCCUUUUGGCUGAACCAGCACCCUCUGAAGAGUGUGAUCCUGGAGCAUGUCUGGAAUCUGCCCUACCAUCCAGGAGGCACGAACACAGGGAGUGCCCUGGAGUUCAUCAGGAUCAACUACUUGACUGAGGUAGCUGGCAGCCGGGCUAAGGAUGGGGUCCCCCAGGUAGUUAUCCUAGUGACAGAUGGGGAGUCAAAUGAUGAAGUCCAGGAGGCAGCUGACAGGUUGAAACAAGAUGGGGUUGUGGUGUACGUGGUAGGGGUCAACAUCCAGAAUGUCCAGGAGUUGCAAACAAUAGCCAGUGAGCCAUUGGAGAAGUUUCUCUUCAACACUGAGAACUUCAACAUCCUGCAGGAUUUCUCAGGGAGCAUUCUCCAGACUCUGUGCUUGGCCGUGGAGGGCAAGAUCAAAGAUUCUGUCCAGCAUUAUGCAGAUGUGGUCUUUCUUGCUGACACCUCACAGAACACAUCAUGGACCAGUUUCCAGUGGAUGCAGACUUUCAUCUCCAGAGUGGUUGGCAUGCUGGAUGUUGGCAGAGACAAGCACCAGAUUGGGCUGGCUCAAUACGGUGGUCAAGGUCACACUGAAGUUUUGUUCAACACUUACCAAACCCAGGAUGAGAUGAUGACUCACAUCCAUGAACACUUUGUACUUUGGGGAGGCUCCAGGAGGACAGGCCAAGCUCUACAAUACCUUUAUCAAACCUUCUUCCAGGAGGCAGCGGGAAGCCGGGUUCUCCAGGACAUUCCCCAGUAUGCAGUGGUCAUUACCUCAGGCAAAUCUGAGGAUGAGGUCCAUGAGGCUGCAGAGACACUGAGGGAGAAAGGCGUGAAAGUCAUGACUGUGGGUGUUCAAGACUCUGACAAGAGAGAACUACAGGGGAUGGGCACCCCAUCCCUUGUAUAUGAGAUGCAAGGACAAGACAGGGUCAGACAGGUGAUGCAGGAUGUCAUGGGACUAACUGCUAUCCUGGCUGACUUGGUGUUCCUCAUUGAGGAAUUUAGCAGGGCUCAGCAAUCGAAUUUCCAACACGUUGUCAAUUUCUUAAAGACCACCGUCAGCUCUCUAAGUAUUCAUCCAGAUGUUGUGCAAGUUGGCUUGGUCUUUUACAGUGAGGAACCACGACUUGAGUUUUCUCUGGAUACAUUUCGGAAUCCAGCCAAGAUCUUGGAGCAUCUGGACAAAUUAACCUACAGGAGAAGAGGAGAAAGGACCAAGACUGGUGCUGCUUUGGAUUUCCUAAGGAAUGAGGUUUUCAUUCAGGAGAAGGGCAGUCGGUUCCAGCAAGGUGUGCAGCAGGUAGGCGUGGUCAUCAUGGAAGGCUUCUCCCAGGACAAUGUGUCCAGACCGGCUUCCCUCCUCCACAGGACGGGGGUGACUGUCUACACAGUGGGUACCCAGCUCACUUUGGAGAGCAUGGACCUGGAGAAGAUAGCAUCAUAUCCUCCUUGGAAGCAUGUCAUCUCCCUGGAAUCUUUUUUGCAACUCUCUGUUGUGGGAGGCAAGAUUAAGAACCAGCUUUGUCCUGAGAUUACGGGCAAAAGGAAUCCACAGCCUUGCUACGCACCAUCUCACACGCUGUUCUGAUGGCUUGCUGCUUCUUCUUCCUACCUAGGCUGUGUGCACAUCGAGAAGGCAGACCUUUACUUCCUUAUUGAUGGGUCUGACAGCAUCCACCAAGACGAUUUUCUUGAAAUGAGUGUUAUGUAUGAGGUGAUAAAGAUGUUCCAUAUCGGGCCCGACAGAGUACAGUUUGGAGUCUUUCAGUACUCAGACGAAAUCAGUAGUCAAUUUACCCUCAGCCAGCAUACCAGCAUGGCAUGGCUGAAGGUGGCCAUUGAUGGCAUCCAGCAGAAUGGAGGUGGCACCAUGACAGGUCGUAUUGGAGUCAGAGAUGCUAAUACUACUGAGCUUCAGGAGAUAGCUGAAGACAGGAUGUUUCUCGUGAAUGAUUCUGAUUCCUUGAAGGCCAUCCAACAAGAAGUGGUACAGGAUAUCUGCUCCUUGGAGACCUGUAAGAAUAGGAAAGCUGACAUUAUCUUCCUGAUGGAUGGUUCAGAAUCCAUCUCCCUGAAAGACUUUGAAAAGAUGAAGGGAUUCAUGAAGCGAAUGGUCAACGAAUCUAAUAUCGGUGCUGAUGAAAUUCAGAUUGCCUUCUGAACUCUUCUGCAGUUCAGCUCAAACCCCCAGGAAGAAUUCAGGCUCAACCGAUACUCCUCAAAGGUGGACAUUCACAGAGCCAUCUCGGACGUUAAGCAAAUCGAUGAUGACACCCACACUGGGAAAGCCCUGAACUUCACUCUGCCUUUUUUUGGUAGUUCAAGAGGAGGGAGGCCCAGUGUCCAUCAGUAUUUGAUUGUGAUCACCGAUGGGGUCGCCCGGGACAAUGUAGCCAUACCAGCCAAGGCCCUUAGGGACAGAAACAUAAUUAUUUUUGCCAUUGGGGUAGGAGAAGCCAAACACUCUCAGCUUUUGGAGAUCACUAAUGACCAGAGCAAAGUGUACUAUGAAGAAAAGUUUGAGUCCCUGCAAAACCUGGAGAAGAAAAUUCUUUACCAGGUCUGCAUUCCACAGGGUAAAUGCAACGUAGAUUUUUCUGUAGGAAUUGAUCUCUCCACUCCCAUGAGGCAGGUUCAGCAGAGGCUUCAAGGGUUACUGCCAGAGCUGAUACAGGAGCUGGCCAUGCUUUCCAAUAUCACCUGUGGUGUCCCUGGUCAGACCAACGUGAUGCUCCGCUACCUGGUUCCCGGCUCAAAGGGCCAGCUUAUCUUUGGCUCAGGUUUUGAAAAGUACAGUGAUGAGACCAUUCAGAAGUUCUUGAUUCAUCAGGCUGCCAGUAGCAACCAUAUGGAUGUGGAUUUUUUGCAGUCCCUAGGAGACAGUGCUAUCCAUCUCUUUUCUGCCAAAGUGAAGGUCGUUUUAGUGUUUACAGAUGGACUGGAUAAUGAUUUAGGGAGACUGAAGGAAAUAUCCGAGCUUCUCCGCAGCAAAGGAUUCUCCAGACUCCUGACUGUUGUCCUGGAGGGUGUCCCUAAAUUAGAGGAGCUCCAGGAGCUAGCAUUUGGCAGAGGAUUUGCAUACACUCAGCCUCUGAGCAUCACACAGUGAUCUCUUCCGAGCAUCUUACUGAAGCAACUUGACACAAUUGUAGAAGGAAGAUGCUGCAAUAUGUAUGCAAAGUGCUUUGGAGAAUACGGGCACAGAGGUGAUGGUGGGAGCCCCGGGAGGAAGCCUACCUGGGAUGAUUGCCAGCAGCUUCUGCAGACUCUCCUCACCACUGAGGAAAGACAAAGAGUCCUCUUAGAAGCUAGGAAAAAUGUUUUAGGCACAAACGGGCAGCCCACCCAGCUGCCUAAUGAGAUUGACGCUGGCUUCCCUCUUGUCAGACCGAACUGGGAUUUUAACACUCCUGAAGAGCGGCUAAUGGAAGCCUUCCGGCGGUUUACUCCCUAUGACCCCACUUCUGAGGAACACAAGGCCACCAUAGCUAUGGCUUUUAUUGACCAGGCGGCCCCUGAUAUCAGAAAGAAGUUACAGAGACUAGAUGCCACCGGGCUGAACCCUGCUACACUGUUACCGGACCCUGACAUAGAAGGCACCACCAUCAUUCAUGACUGUCAAGAGGUGCUAGCGGCAGCGCACGGAACCAGACCAGACCUGACAGACCAGCCCCUCCCGGACGCUACCCUUACCUGGUUUACGGAUGGGAGCAGCUUCCUAGAAGAAGGUAAGCGACGGGCGGGGGCUGCAGUGGUAGACGGGAAAGAAAUUAUAUGGGCUGCCGCGCUGCCGCAGGGAACCUCCGCUCAGCGGGCUGAACUAAUAGCCAUGACUAAAGCUUUGGAGUUGGCUGAAAAUAAAAAGGUUAACAUCUAUACGGACAAAGCCCAUCCCUUCCAAGUCGGGGACUCCGUAUACGUCCGUCGGCACCGGACCCAGACCCUAGAACCCCGUUGGAAGGGCCCCUACAUCGUGCUGCUCACCACUCCAACUGCAGUCAAGGUAGAUGGCAUAGCCGCCUGGAUCCACGCCUCGCACGUUAAGGCGGCCCCAACAUCCACCGGAGGUUUUCCAUGA